AGCUCGAAACGAGAACAGAGCAACCGACCAAACUACCAAACUCUUAACGAUAAUAGGAAUAAAGACUACAUCUUUCCAACAAAAACCUCAGAUGGAAGUUCCCAUCAGAUGUUGUCUUCAAAGAUUCUGAAAAAGCCAUUUUCUUCCUUUCCUACCAGAACCUUAUUAGACCUAAUUUAUCAUUCUUCUCUUCAACAACAACACCCCACUGCCUUCAUCAAACCCGUGCUUUUAAUCCUCAAAUCCAAACCCAAUUCUGCUCUUAACUUUUUCAAAUGGACCCAAAGUUUCUCAAACUCUCCCCAUGCCUUACCCUCCUACUGUGCGCUUAUUCACCUCCUGCUACGCCAUGGAAUGUUUGGUGCCGCGGCACAGGUGUUCGAUGAAAUGGUAAAUCAUUCUGCUACAAAUAUCGAUGUUCUUGAAGCUUUUAGUGAAGGUUUUAGCGAUUUUGGCUCGAACCCAGAUGUCGUUUUUCGGUUUUUGUUUGAAAAUUACAGUAAGAAAGGGAUGGUGGAUAUGACUUUUCAUGUGUUUAUGAAAAUGGCUAACGAGGGUCUUUGCAUCUCCAACAAUUUGGUUUAUAGGGCGUUGGAGUCUUUUCUUAAUGCGAAUUGUGUUGAUAUAAUUGUUGAUAACUAUGGCGAAUUUUGUAGAUUUUUUAGAAGACGAGGCUUUUGUGCUUAUGGGAUUGUGAUGGAAGGGUUUUUGAAGAAGGGGGAGGUUGGGAAGGCCUUGAAUUUUCAUUCAAGGACGGUUUUGAGAGGUUUAGAGAUUGACAUUGUUGCUUGUAACAAGAUUUUGAAGGCUCUAGCUGUAAAUAAGGAAAUAGGAACUGCUACCAAGUUGUUUGAUACGAUACUAGCUUUUGGACCGUUGCCAAAUGUGGUGACUUUUAGCACAUUGAUUAACAUGUAUUGUAAAGAAGGGAAAUUGGAUACAGCAUUUGAGCUUUACAAUGUUAUGAUACAGAGGAAUGUAGUACCUGAUUUAAUUCUGUAUUCUAUACUUAUUGAUGGUUAUUUCAAGGCAGGGAGAUUGGAUGAGGGGGAGAAGCUUCUCUCCGAUGCUUUAGAUCGAGGUAUCAAGUUGGAUGUAGUUGUUUUCAGCUUGGUUAUCGAUGCAUUUGGGAAGGUAGGGAAUUUGGGAAGAGUGGUUCAGCUUUAUAAGAGAAUGUUGGAGGAAGGUUUAUCACCUAACAUGGUGAGUUACAGCAUUCUCAUAAGUGGAUUGUGUGGAAAUGGUAGGAUGCUAGAAGCUUGUGGCAUUUUUGGUCAAAUUAUCAAAAGGGGCUUUGAGCCAUCUCUAAUAACCUAUAGUAGCCUCAUCGAUGGCUUUUGCAAGAUGGGAAAUUUGAAGGAUGGGUUUCACCUGUUUGAUGAUAUGGUAGAGAAGGUCCAUCAACCGGAUGUUGUUGUUUAUAAUGUGUUAUUAGAUGGCCUGUGCAAAGAAGGGAUGGUUAGAACUGCUCUCAGGUUCUUCUUUAACCAUGUAAGCAGGGGUCUAAAACCCAAUAUCUUCAUUUUUAAUUCCUUGAUGGAUGGUUAUUGUAGGUUGAAACAGUUAAGGAAUGCCGUGAAGGUGUACAUGUUAAUGAGAAUGUAUAGCAUACAACCAGAUAUAGUGACCUACACUUUGCUUGUUAGAGGUGCUUCUAAGCAAGGAAAAUUGGAUGAUGCUCUGUUAGUUUUUUUCCAAAUGCUGAAGAGGGGUUUUCGUGGAGAUGCUAUAACAUACUGUACCCUCAUGGAUGGAUUCUGCAAAUAUAAAAAUCCAACUACUGGAUUGCAGAUAUUUAAAUUGAUGCAAAGGAAUGGAGUAGCUGCUGAUAUUGCUGUAUAUAAUGUUCUCCUCAAUAUGCUUUUCAAGGAAUGGUAUUUAGCAGAGGCAUCGACGCUGUUCUGGAAACUUGUUAAGAAAGGGCCAAAACCCGAUAUUAUAACAUACAACACGAUGAUAUGUGGUUACUGCUCAUUGCAAAGAUUGGAUAAGGCCAUUAGCCUUUUUAAACAGCUGACUACUCCCCCAUUAAGACCCAAUUCAAUUACUCUUACUAUAUUGAUUGAUGCUUUCUGCAAGGAGGGUAGAAUGGAUGAAGCUAUGUUGAUGUUUUCCAAAAUGUCAGAGAAGGGUCCUGAACCCAAUGUGGUAACAUACGGUUGUCUAAUUGAUGGCCACUUCAAAUCGCUGAACAUGAGGACUGCCGCUGAGCUUCACGAAGAGAUGCUCGAAAACAAAAUCUCUCCGAAUAUUAUCAGUUAUAGCAUACUCAUCGAUGGCCUUUGCAAGCAAGGAUUAAUGUUGGAAGCAUCACUCGCAUUCCGCUGUGCUUUGGAUAGACAUUUACUGCCUGACAUUGUUGCAUAUUCGAUUCUGAUCCGUGGUUAUUGCAAAGUGGGUAGGUUCAUCGAGGCCAAGUUGUUAUGCAAACAAAUGCUCAUGGACGGAAUAGAGCCGGAUGAUCUGUUAGAACGAACCCUUGUGGAAUAUAAUCUCUAGGAUAGCAUGGAAAAUGAGUCAUGUACAGAGAUCUUCUUGUAGUCCAAUUUGUGCUCAUGGAUGACUGAUUUACAUUUACA